AUGUCGCUCGAGAUCUACGCCAAGAACGCCGCUGGCAAGCGCUACCUGCUCAACCUCGAGCCCUCGUCCAAGGUCUAUGACGCCAAGCUCGCCAUCCAGACCCAGUCCAAGAUCAGCCCCGACGCGAUCAAGCUCACGUUCCGCGGCGACGUGCUCGACGACGGCAACAGCCUCGAGGACGUCGGCAUCAUGCAGGGCAACACCAUCCACGUCCUCGUCGGCGCUGAGCAGGACUGGCCCGAGACCCAGGACCAGGAAGUUCCCGCCUGCAAGUGCGUCAUCAUGUAG